AGGCGGCGGGAUGCAGGCGGGUCCCGGGGUGCAGGCGGUGCGGCCCUUCAAGCUGCGCAAGAGUCUGGCCACCCGGCGGGAGGAGGUGGCCGGCAUCAGGGCCAAGUUCCCCACAAAGAUCCCGGUAAUCGUUGAAAGAUACCAGAAAGAGAAAUACCUUCCCCUGUUGGACAAAACCAAGUUUCUCGUCCCCGAGGAGCUGACCAUGACGCAGUUCAUCACCAUCAUCAGAAGCAGGAUGGCUCUGACUGCUACACAAGCUUUCUACCUGCUGGUGAACAACAAAAGCCUAGCCAGUAUGUCUUUGACCAUGGCAGAGGUGUACAGGGACUACAAAGAUGAAGAUGGCUUUGUGUACAUGACAUAUGCUUCCCAGGAGAUGUUUGGAUGCUGCUCACUCACCCUAGGGAAAACUAUGGAAUGCCAUCAUAAAACCUAGUGCUGGAGCCUGUGUGCUGUGGCUAAACCACUGUGCUAUGAAUCAUGCCUGUGACAUGAAACUCGGAGAUGCUCCCUCCAGUAUGGGCUCUUGAGCUCUGUACUGGGGAGUUAUGACCCAAAAGCUGGCAGGACCAGCUCAAGGCAGAGAUGGUGGUACACUUUUCCAUGGAUAAUAGUUAAGAUGUAUAUUUUUAUACUUGGAAGGCACUAUGGGGUUUUCUUGGAACUGCACCUCCACUUCUUUUUGCAAUGCCAAUCUUGUGAUGUAACUGCUUUUUAAGGUGUUGCUUAAGAAUAAAAUAAAGAAGCUUUUAAGUA